AUGAGUAAAAUUAAGAAUAUGGUAAAGAAAAUUGAACCCAUUCAUCCGGGUGAAAUGUUAAGGGAGGAAUUUUUGGUUCCUGCUAAACUUACCCCUCAAAAACUAGCCAAUGGCAUUAAUGUUCCAGUAGAAGAAAUAAAAGAUAUUUUGGCCGAAAAAAAAGAAUUUACUCAAAAUGAAAAAGGAGGAUUUGGCAAAUCAGCAAUUAGAGCCUCAAUUAAAGGGCUUAAUUACGCAGUAAAAGCUUAUAAUGCAGUUGUAGCCAAGUCUGUAAAGUUCAUUACUCUUGGCUCAGUAGAUAUCAAACUAAAAGAAGUCAACGAAAACCAAACAUUAGAUGAGAUUAUGAAAAGUGGUGGCACCUCGGUAGCACUUGGCCUGAUUGAUGAUGCUGUUAAAGGAGUUAGGAGAAUGGGACUACCAGCUAUUAGUGCCGUUAGUGUUUUUGGUAUGGGUGGACCCCAAGCAGCUGCCGUGGCUAGUCUCGCUUUGUCUAGUGUUGAAUUUGCUAUUGACCAUUUAAAAGACAUGCUUACGAGUAGUGCUAUUUCUGGUCUAGCCGCCGAAGUUGGAGACCUCAAAGACGGACAGGCUAAAUUAAACAGUAAAGUGGAUGCUCAGGGCAAGUUAAUGAACAAAAGAAUGGGAGACCUAAAAUCAGAACUCCAAGGAGAACUUAAACAACAAGGAGAAAAAUUUGACAAAGAAAUCAAAGACUUAGACAAAAAACUAGAAAAGGCCACUGGUGAAAAUCGACGCUUAAUUGAAGAAGAAAAAAAACAACGCCAAGCCCAAUACCAAGAAUUAAAGAAUUCCAUUGCGGAA